AUGAAGGUCCUAGUUGUUUUCGCUCACCCAGAAGAAAAAUCCUUUAACAAGUCCCUGUUAGACACUUACGUUGAACACUUAGAAGCUCAGGGCAAUGAAGUUAAAGUAUCUGAUCUUUACAAAGAAAAUUUUAAGGCUGUAGUUGACAGGGAUGACUUUUUGAAUUUAGAAAAAGACGCCAGACUAAAACCAGCCUAUGACUCAUAUGCUGCUUUCGCUGCUAAACAAUUGACUCCUGAUGUCAUCGCAGAAAUGGAUAAGCUUAUUUGGGCAGACACUAUUGUUUUCCACUUCCCAUUAUGGUGGUUCGGUAUGCCAGCCAUUCUAAAGGGGUGGGUUGAUCGUGUCUUUGCCUGUGGUUUCGCUUAUGGCUUUGGUGAAUAUUCUGACACUCAUUUUGGUGACAGAUAUGGUGAAGGUACCUUCACCGGUAAGAAGGCCUUCGUUGUCACUACUUGUGGUGGGUCUAAGGAACAAUACUCAGACAGAGGUAUUAAUGGACCAAUUGAAAACGUUUUAUUUACCAUUAACCACGGUCUAUUCUUUUACACAGGUUGUGAAGUAUUCCCACCAGUAGUCAUCUACAGAACGGACGGUAGAAGGGAAGAAGGCUUUCAAGAAGCUGUUGAUUUGGUUAAAGAACGUUUUGACAAUUUUGAUAGUGUCAAGUCUAUUAACUACAGAAAGCAAAACUUUGGUGAUUAUGAAAUUCCAUCAUUAAGAUUAAAAGAGGGUUUGGAACAACCAAAUGAAUCAGGUUAUGAUAUGCAUAUCACGAAGAACUGA